AAAGUAAACAGGUGCCACGGACUACUUUACCUCAGCGUUUUUUUCCCCCUCAACCCCUUUUAAAGAAAUCUCCGUACAGCCCACAAACAGACGCCCCCACCGCAGCCAAUAAGAGCGUCUCCCUAAAAAUUCUGCGCUCCAUACAGUUUAGUCCACGUGCGUCGGCACGUUAAAGGCUUGCUUUGUCGGAAGUUGAUCCCUAGGCUGUGCAGUCGUCUGCUCGUCGUACCGGAGUACAGUUUUCUCGCAGAUUUCAAGAUAAAUCUCCAGUUAAGCAAUGCCAUCAGUUCCCUCAUCCAAAGAGACCACAGUCAACAGCCCUGUGUGCCCACACGCUGGCAAGCUGCACGGCUUCAGCAACGGAGAGAACCUGAAGACGGAGGAGGAGUCGCAGGAGGCAGCCAGAAACAUUCAGAUCAAAACAAAGAACUCUUCUCCCGAAAGGAAAUGGAUCCGGCCCGACCUUCCCAGCCGCUGCACGUGGAGCCUAGAAGCCUCAAAAUCCGACUCCCCCCACACUCAAGUUUCAAGGACUGUUGCACCAGCCAUUCUCCCCAACAUCCUGAACAAAAUCGGUGACACUCCAAUGGUACGCAUCAACAACAUCCCCAAAGCCUUUGGACUCAAAUGUGAAAUAUUGGCCAAGUGCGAGUUCUUCAAUGCGGGCGGCAGCGUCAAGGACAGAAUCAGUCUGCGGAUGGUGGAGGACGCUGAGAGAGCCGGGAUCCUCAAGCCAGGAGACACCAUCAUAGAGCCCACCUCUGGAAACACUGGUAUCGGACUCGCUCUGGCUGCUGCAGUGAAAGGCUACCGUUGCAUCAUUGUCAUGCCAGAGAAGAUGAGCAUGGAGAAGGUGGAUGUCUUGAGAGCACUCGGAGCAGAGAUCGUACGUACGCCCACCAGCGCCCGUUUUGAUUCGCCAGAGUCUCACGUGGGCGUGGCCUGGCGCCUUAAGAACGAGAUCCCCAACUCGCACAUCCUGGACCAGUACCGCAACCCGAGCAAUCCCCUGGCUCACUACGACACCACAGCCGAGGAGAUCCUGGAGCAGUGUGAAGGUAAGGUGGACAUGCUGGUGGCUGGUGCAGGCACAGGAGGGACGAUCACAGGCAUCGCCCGCAAGCUGAAGGAAAGAUGCCCAAAUAUCAAAAUUGUUGGUGUUGAUCCUGAAGGUUCAAUCCUGGCUGAGCCAGAGGAGCUUAACAAGACCGAUAAGACCCAGUACGAGGUGGAGGGCAUCGGGUACGACUUCAUCCCCACCGUCCUCGACAGAUCGGUGGUCGAUACGUGGUACAAGUCCAACGAUGAGGAGUCCUUCAACAUGUCUCGUUUGCUGAUCAGAGAGGAAGGCCUGCUGUGCGGAGGCAGCUCGGGGACGGCCAUGGCAGCAGCUGUGCAUGCCGCCAAGGAGCUGAAAGAGGGCCAGCGCUGUGUGGUGAUCCUGCCGGACUCCAUCCGCAACUACAUGUCAAAGUUCCUGAGUGAUAAGUGGAUGGUCCAGAAGGGCUUUUUGAGGGAGGAGGACCUCAUGGUGAAGAAACCAUGGUGGUGGAACUUGAAGCUGCAGUGCCUGAACAUGUCUGCCCCGCUCACUGUCCUGCCUACCGUUAGCUGCCAAAAGACCAUCCAGAUCCUCAAGCAUAAUGGCUUCGACCAGGCGCCGGUGGUCGAUGACACAGGAUUGAUCCUGGGCAUGGUGACUCUAGGCAACAUGCUAUCUUCGAUCCUUGCAGGGAAGAUCAACUUGUCAGAUCCUGUCAGCAAAGUGCUUUACAAGCAGUUCAAACAGAUCACACUGACUGACAACUUGGGAAAGUUGUCCUCGAUUUUGGAGAUUGACCACUUCGCACUGGUGGUACACGAACAGAUCCAAUACUUGACUGAUGGCUCUCAUAGCAAAAAGCAGAUGGUUUUCGGGGUGGUGACAGCUGUCGACCUGCUCAACUUCGUCACAGCCCGGAAGAGGCAGGAGCGCUCCAUGUCAGAAUCCACCGAUGAGCUGAAUUAAAAGCAAAGACACUACAAGCCUUUACAUUUCUUACUUUAGAAUGACAAACACAUUGACAUUUAGUUUAGUGUCUUAAAGAUGGCAGAAAGUUUUUUUUAGAAGUUUUGGUUUGAGUUUGGCUCUUAUUUCUCUCUUUUUGAAUCAUUUUUGUAUGUUUGACCUUGAGUCUUGAAGUGUAAUAAGCAGAAUACUUUGUUCUACUGUCAGCUUAUGAUGGGGGUUGUUAUUAUUGCUCAAGCCUGUAGUGCUCGAAUCUUUUAUAAGUUUUGUUACAGUGUGUAGACUUUUAUUGUUUUGUAUCGGACUUGAAGAGAGGCUGCGAGGAAAGUAAAUGAUUACAUCAUCACUUUGGCUUUGUAUACCAGACAGGAAUACAAAAGUCACAUUCAAUUCAUUUAUUAUGGGAGUUGCUGUGUGUAUGUGUAAAAUAUGCAUAUUAUAUUUUCAUUAUUGCUCGCUGUAUGCUGAUUUCAUGAUUGUGUGUACACAGAAUAAUCCAUGUCAGGUAAUGUGAAAUCUGAAUAUAAUCAUGGUGUUAUUCAAGUGUAAAGUAGUCUGGACUACUUAAUCUUUGCAGUGUCUAGGAGAAAAUAUUUUUCUAUGGCAUCAUUUUUCCUUAAUGGAUGUAUAAGGCUAAAUAAAAAUUACACUCUGUA